AUGAGGCGCACUUCGCUUCUCACCUCGUUGAUGAGCUCUGCGGCCAUCCUACCAUGGCCUGGUUUAGCAAGAGAGGACUGUCCCACCACUGGGCCAGCAGCUGUUCCAACCGCUGUCCAGCCUUUAGAAAUCGUUCAUUGCAUCCCGCUUCAUCUCAGCACUUCUCUCUCUUCCAAUACCGUUUUCACUGUAGCUGGCACAACCGUCAAGGUCACCAAUGCUCCAACUGUGGUUAAUACCGACUUCCUGACCACGAUGACGAUGACGUACAGCUCUGCUGUGGUCACAAACUCUCCCUACAAUGGCCCUUGUGUCACGGUUACCGCAAAUGUUCCUGCAGGAUCCCAGCCGACCACCAUUGUCAUCCCUCCUCAAAGCGGCCAAGCCACUGGCACGAAGUACAUCUGCUCUCCUCUCGAGUCCAACAAGCCCUGGUUGCCAUCAACCUCUCCCAACGGUGGAAGCUUCACAACAGCCACGGCCCCCUAUCCGGGCUCAACCUUGACGACCCUGACCAUCCCCCCCAGCGGCGGCGACCCUACCGGAACUGUCCUCGUCCUGACCCCUGCGCCUACGCCGAAUGCAGGAAGUCCUCCUUUCAAUGGACCCUACACGACCAUCACAGCUCCCGGUACGGUGUUGACUACUUUGACGUUGCCUCCCUCCGGGACCGAUGGCACUGGCACCCAAAUCGUCUACGUCCCACCGCAGACGGGGGGGCUGGUGACUGCCACGUCGACCGGCUCUCGGCCUGGCCAGACAGGACUCAUCACCAUACCCCCUGGCAAGCCCGGAGACCCGACGACGAUUGUCACGGUUGUUCCUCCUGCUAGCGGUGGCGUCGUGACAUCCACCUCGACCGGUACAACCCCGGGUCAGACGGGGCUGAUUACUCUGCCUCCUGGAAAGCCUGGCGACCCUACCACUGUGGUCACGAUUGUCCCUCCCCCAACAGGAGGCGUGGUCACUUCCACUUCGACUGGUACCAGCCCUGGUCAGACAGGUCUACUGACUCUGCCGCCCGGCAAGCCCGGGGACCCAACUACGGUUGUUACCAUCGUCCCCCCUCCGACCGGCGGGGUUGUCACGUCAACGUCCACCGGCACGCAGCCUGGCCAGACUGGCCUCCUGACAUUGCCUCCCGGAAAGCCUGGAGAUCCUACUACCGUUGUUACUAUUGUGCCGCCUCCUCCCACUGGGGGAGUGGUCACUUCCACUUCAACCGGCACCCGGCCCGGUCAGACUGGUCUGUUGACACUGCCGCCUGGAAAACCUGGCGAUCCUACCACAGUCGUCACCAUCGUACCACCACCCACCGGAGGUAUAGUCACUUCUACAUCGACUGGUACCCAGCCCGGUCAGACUGGCCUACUCACCCUCACCCCUGGAAAACCUGGCGAUCCUACCACAGUCGUCACCAUCGUACCACCACCCACCGGAGGUAUAGUCACUUCUACAUCGACUGGUACCCAGCCCGGUCAGACUGGCCUACUCACCCUCACCCCUGGAAAGCCUGGUGACCCUACCACAGUUGUCACGAUUGUGCCUCCUCCUGGUGGCUUCGUCACUACUACUUCCACUGGCACCCAGCCCGGUCAAACUGGCCUCCUCACCCUCACUCCUGGAAAGCCUGGUGACCCUACCACAGUUGUUACUAUCGUGCCUCCUCCCGGUGGCUUUGUUACUUCUACGUCGACUGGCACUCAGCCAGGCCAAACGGGCCUCCUCACCCUCACCCCUGGAAAGCCUGGUGACCCUACCACAGUUGUCACGAUUGUGCCUCCUCCUGGUGGCUUCGUCACUACCACUUCCACUGGUACUCGGCCCGGUCAAACCGGCAUAUUGACCCUGACACCAGGUCGACCCGGCGAUCCUACCACAGUUGUCACGAUUGUGCCUCCUCCUGGUGGCUUCGUCACUACUACUUCCACUGGCACUCAGCCCGGUCAAACCGGUUUGUUGACCCUGACACCAGGCCAACCCGGCGAUCCGACUACCGUGGUCACCAUUGUGCCCCCUUCGGGAGGGUUGACUACUGUCACCUCAACAGGCACUCGGACUGGCGUCACAACUCUCACGCCCGGCCGCCCAGGAGAUCCAACGACUGUGGUUACGUUCGUUCCAUCUCCUACAGGUGGCUUCGUCACAAUCACCUCAACCGGAACAGGAACUGGCCUCAUCACCCAGACUCCCAGCCGCCCAGGCGACCCAACUACCGUCAUCACUAUUGUCCCAACUCCUACAGGUGGCUUCGUCACCAUCACAUCUACUGGAAGUAGCACUGGCCUGAUUACUCAGACUCCCGGUAGGCCUGGAGAUCCAACUACAGUCAUCACUCUGGUGCCAAGUCCUUCUGGCGGGGUGACGACCAUCACCUCAACCGGAACAGGAACUGGGUUGAUCACUCAGACUCCUGGACGACCUGGCGACCCGACUACAGUCAUUACUAUUGUGCCCUCCCCAACUGGGGGCUUCACUACAAUCACCUCCACGGGAACAGGAACGGGCUUGAUCACUCAAACCCCUGGCCGCCCUGGAGAUCCUACUACUGUCAUUACUAUUGUUCCGUCUCCUACUGGAGGUUUCGUCACCAUAACAUCCACCGGAACGGGUACGGGUGUCGUCACUCAGACUCCCGGCCGACCUGGUGACCCAACCACCAUCGUGACUAUUAUCCCGAGCCCCACGGGAGGCAUUCUUACACUUACGUCUACCAGUGGCUCAGUCACUGGCGUCACCACCCAGACUCCGGGUAGACCUGGGGAUCCCACUACUGUCAUCACUUUCGUCCCAACCCCCAUUCCUCGGGUUACUCUCACUCAAACGGGGUCAACUACCGGUCUUACAACCUUGACCCCUGGAAGAGUCGGAGACCCGACUACAGUCAUCACCCUUGUGACCGGCCCUCCAUAUGUGACCGUCACAUCGACGGGAUCCACAACUGGUCUAUUCACUCAGACUCCUGGCAGACCCGGAGACCCGACUACAAUUGUCACCAUUGCGACUGGCCCGCCGCCCGUUACCGUGACAUCCACAGGCAGCACCACCGGAUUGACUACGAUUCCGGGAGGACCUGGAGGACCACCAACUGUGAUUACUUUUGUGCCGACACCACGUGUGACUACCAUCAUUUCAACAGCUAGCACGACCGGCUUGACGACUCUUCCCUACGGCGGUGACUCGGUUUACACAGUAGUGACAUUUGUUACUCCCUCGUCACCGGUCACAGUCACUUCGACUGGAAGUAUUACUGGUCUGACAACCCUUACUCCGGGUCCCAGUGGCGGCCCUCCUACGGUAGUCACCUUUGUCACUACGCCCGUACCAGUUACAGUCACUUCUACUGCAAGCACUACUGGCCUGACAACCCUUACUCCGGGUCCCAGCGGCGGCCCUACAACAGUCAUCACCUUUGUCCAGCGUCUAGGCUUCAUCACCACGCUCACUUCGACAGCCACCCAGACUGGAGUAACAACUGUGAUUCCUACAGACCCUGCCGGUACCACUAGUGUCAUCACUUUCGUUCAGCCUCCUACAGGCUUCAUCACAACAGUAACGUCCUCGGCUACACGCACUGGAGCGACCACCAUCAUUCCAUCCGAUCCCGCUGGCACCACCAGCGUCAUCACCUUCGUCCCGAUCACGGGCGGGCUCACAACCAUCACUUCCACAGGCACACAGACGGGAGCUACCACCAUCAUUCCAUCGGAUCCCGCCGGAACUACCAGUGUCAUCACUUUCGUUCCUCCGAUCACGGGUGGCUUGAUAACUCUUACGUCGACUGGUACCCGAACAGGAGUAACUACAAUCGUUCCAACGGACCCUGCUGGAACCACCAGCGUCAUCACUUUCGUUCCUAUCACCGGUGGUUUGACCACACUCACAUCGACAGGCACUCAAACAGGAGUCACUACUAUAAUUCCAACAGAUCCUGCUGGAACCACCAGUGUUAUUACCUUCGUUCCUCCGAUCACAGGUGGCUUGACAACUCUCACGUCAACCGGCACCCAGACGGGUGCAACUACAAUCAUUCCAACGGACCCUGCUGGAACUACCAGUGUUAUCACUUUCGUUCCCCCUAUCACGGGUGGUUUGACCACUCUCACAUCGACCGGCACUCAAACAGGAGUUACUACAAUUAUCCCUACGGAUCCCGCCGGAACCACCAGUGUUAUCACUUUCGUCCCCCCUAUUACGGGUGGCUUGAUAACUCUUACGUCGACCGGUACCCAGACGGGUGUAACUACUAUUAUCCCCACGGAUCCCGCCGGAACCACUAGUGUCAUCACCUUCGUCCCUCCGAUCACUGGAGGACUUACGACGGUUGUAUCUACAGGCACACAGACUGGCCUCACUACCAUCAUCCCCACGGAUCCUGCUGGCACAACAAGCGUCAUUACUUUUGUGACCCCUAGCAGCACUAGCAGCAGCUCGACCUCAACCACAAUCGCCCCUGGCCCGACCUACAGCUGCGACGCUGGUGGCUAUCUGAUCCAGAGCACCACACUCUACCGACUAAACCUCACUACUGGGGUUCAGACCACGGUUUCUACCAAUGUUGGACCUGGUGGUCAAAUCAAUGCGAUUGGCUAUAACCCCUUGGAUAACUACAUUUAUGGCAUUACUACUGUGAACAAUGUGAACCGUAUAAUCCGCAUCGCAAGGAACGGCCAAGGGGUUCUCAUUGGCCCAGAUCUUCCAACUGGAUACUACAACGUUGGAGAGAUCGACACACUCGGACGGUACUACAUCAGCGUUAGCGGUGGAGCCUGGGCACAAAUCGAUAUGAACCCCAACUCGGCGACCUUCACGCAGAUCAUCGCCACAGGUACUAGUACUAUCGCCAAUGGCGUAUCCGACUGGGUUUAUGUACCCGGAGGUGGCGAUUACCUCUACAGUAUCACGGGAGUCGACGCCAACGGUCGAUUCUCAUUAGCGAGAUGGAGUCGGACUACUCAUGACUGGUCAAUUGUACGGACAUACACGCGGAUCAAUGGCAACGAAGUGUUUGGAGCGCUUUAUGCCUCGAGCGGCAACACGUUCUACGGCUCCGAAAACAACAGCGGAAAUAUUUAUAAUUUCAACGUCAACUCUGGUCAGCCAACCUUGGUCUCCGAUGGUCCUGUUUCGGGAGUCAACGAUGGAGCUCGCUGCGUAUAUGCAGCAGAUCCAUCCAUUCUCACCACUUCCACAAGUUCUACCAUGACCAGCACGACUUCAUCUUCGACGAGCAGUUCCACUUCAGCCACCCCGACUUGUACUUCCGGACUGAACUGGGCGUACUACGACUUCAACCAGUCGCCUAGCAACACCACCAGCUACCCAGGACAGAUUCCCUUCCACGUCGUGGCUUCGGGCGACGCCUGGGCGGACACAUACAACAACGUGCGUACCGUUCUUUCAGGACAGAGCCCUCAGACCACCGGGGUGACGAAUCUCGUUGGUACCACAUUUGGCGGCAACUGCGCCGAGACUACAGAUCCAACACCGGUCGUUUACGGCACAACGGUCAACGGCGGCUCGAGAUACUGGUACAUCCAGCAGACGGGCUACUUCCAUCCCAACGUAUCCGGCACGUAUACUUUUGCCUUUGGUACGGCAGAUGAAGGUGGAUACGUCUGGAUUGGUGACAAGGCGGUGACCGGUUUUACAAACGCCAACGCCGACCUCACUCGGUACACCCAACAGCCCGCAACCGUCCCCACAUUCACGUUCACAGCCGUGGCGGGUCAAUAUUACCCCAUCAGGUUCCUCUAUGUAAACGCCCAGGGCUGCUACCAGCACUCUUUGACCGUUACAAAUCCAAGUGGCGCCGUUGUUGCGUCGCAAACCGUACCGGCGACGAAUGACAUCUUCGUGCCUGGCGGCUGCGGUAACGCGCCCGCACCAUUCGACAUCACGCCUCCUGGUACUUCGACUACCACUCCGACUGUGACGACGUCUCCGACUUCGUCGACUUCUACCACCAGUCCUACCGCUACAUCGACUGAUACUUUGACUUCGUCCACCACUGCUGCCCCGACUACAACUGACACCUCCACCACGUCCAGCUCGACGACUUCGUCCUCGACUUCUUGCGUGGUCUCCUUGACGAGCACGGCCUCGGCCGCCGCCCCAGCGGGUGCCACAGCCCAAGUAGUUGUUCCUGCCUGCGCCACUGUCAUGCGAUUCACCGUCCUCGGUGGCGGCGGUGGCGGCGGCGGUGCUGGUGCAUCGAUCAACGGCUCCAUCGCUGUUACCCCAGGCGAAACUGUUUUGCUGCUCGCUGGCGGCGCUGGUACGAGAGUCAAUGCCGUUGGUGCUGCUGGCCAGAGUCAGUACGGCAACGGUGGAUCUGCCUCCAACAAUGGCGGUGGAGGUGGCGGCGCUUCCGCUCUCUACCUCGGCCAGAACCUUCUUGCGGUCGCUGGCGGAGGCGGCGGCGGGUCCAUCGUGGUAUCCAACAACGGCCAAGGAGCUUUUGAACUAAACUACAACUACAUUGGCGGAACAGGUAACGCCGGUGACAAGGGUUCUUCCUACAAUAUCACGCUGCCGAGCGGUACCGUCACGUCCACAUCCAAUGGAGGAGCUCCGGGCACUCAGAUUCUCGCCGGAGCCGGUGGUAGGUGGACAGGCUUGGGAACGUCGGCAAACGGAAAUGCGGGAAGCGGAUCCGUUGGCGGAAACGGUAUUGCCGGCGCGGGCGGCAGCUUCAACGAUGGCUCUGGCGGCGGCGGCGGUGGUUACCGUGGUGGAGGUAGCGGAGCCACUGGCUACUAUUCGGUGGGCUCAACAGUCCAGCGUAUGCCGGCCGGCGGUGGCGGUGGUUCCAGCUUCGUGGACGCCUCGGUUUCGGACUCGUUCCAAGGCCUCGCCGCUUCAACUGCCCCCGGUAGAGUUGUCGUAUCCUUUGCCUAG